CUGACAUUCCUGCACGAGCUUAAAAGUUCACAUGUAUGAGUGCCAGAAAGGAUGAAUGUGAACUCCCAAAUGUUUUGGGGUAAAAUGUAAUGUGACUGGUUACGACAUGUGUGAAUGUGGCAAUGCAGUCUUCGGACUUGUGUUGCACUACCAAUCGGUACAGUAGAUGGCGCUAUAACCCCCUCACUUGUUCACCGUAUCACUGGACACGACACACUGCACGGCACAUCUCUCGCAAACAAGGGAGCUAAACCGAGGCUGCAGGAUGGCCAUCUCCACGCUUCAGUCCUUCAACGUCUUCCUCACGGAGAGGUUGACCGCGGCAGCGGGGGACAUCUACGGAUUCGUUGAGAAGACCAUCGUAGACUACCAGGAGGAGGUGUACCAAACGAAGCUGGAGAACCAGCGGUUGCAGCGGCUGCUGGACUUGGUGUACAAACCCGAGAUCAGGCUGCGCAGGGCAGAUGGCGAACAGCCGACUGCGCCGAUUUCGGUGGAGGAGACGGCCCCUAAACUGCAGGAGUGGAGCCCGAGUGCGUGCCAGGACCAGCCGGGACCCUCCCAGGAGCCAGAGGAGCACGAGGAGCCGAAGGAGGAACUCUGGAUCAAUGGGACAGAGGAGCAACCGGCGGCGGAGGACAGCGACGACGGGGAUGCCUUGACGAAAGAACUCAUCAAAACAGUGCAGCAGUUGGAAGACUGUAGAGCAGCGGAGGAAGGCAGAGAGCCAGAGCGAACCCCCGCGGAGGAUUCUCAAGAGAAGACCAGUACCACCUUGUACCGGUGCCACGUGUGCAACUACAUAUUCACCAAAAAGUCAGUGCUUACAUGGCACCUCAAGACGCACGAGAGCAAGUCACAUGACGGCAAAGGAAACUUUGACUGUCACAUAUGCGGCAAGCACAUCCCCUGUCAGAGCAAUCUGCAGAACCACAUGAGGGUCCACACAGGAGAGAGACCCUACAGCUGCCAUUUCUGUGGCAAGUGUUUCAAGCUGAAGGGACACAUGACGGAACACAUAAGAACUCACACGGGAGAGAAGCCUUUCAGCUGCCACAUCUGCGGCAAGUCUUUCAACAGAGGUUCAACUUUGAGGAAACACGUCUUAGCCAAACACAAAGAGGAGAGGCCGUACAAAUGCGGGGAUUGUGAGGAGUUAUUUACUGAGAGGCUGCUGAUGAAGAGGCACAUGCGAAGGGUUCACGGAGUGAAAUUGUCCACCAGUCAAAGUCUUGCCUAGAACUUCAGAGCAGAAUGGGGAAGGAAGCUUGGUGUCUUUUUAAAAGUUUUGAUGCUAGCGCCAGUUUUGGUACCAAAAUGUUUUUCAAAAUGUUGCUGAAUAUUCUAAUGACAUUUACGCCGCGUUCCUUUUUAUCCACAGAAAGCCAAAGUGCUUAAAUGCUUAAAUGUCGUCUAACAUAAAUAAUCUUACUUUGCUUGAAUAAAAUACCAUCAAGGAUUGGAUCAUUUUGUUUCAAUGGGAUAGUUGUGACAAUGUAUGAAAUACAAACGUAUUGCCGCCAUGCAAUGUUUACACUCGCCUGGGAAGUGCGCCCAAAGUUUGGGAUAGUUUAGACGUGACCGACAUUUCGUUUCAUUCCAUUCCCUCUGUGCUUAUAACCCGUGUCGGUUAUGAAUAUGACCACUAGAUUUUCAUCCUGCAACAUGAAAGAAACUAAUUUACUUUACAAAUAUAUAACAAAUGGCUGUGGUCCUUUUAAUUGAAUCUACUUUAAACAUCUUUGUAAAUUGUAUUAAUAACAUACAACUAGUACUUAUGUUGUACUGUAAAGGUGUUUUAUUUCUUUAUACUGUAUAUACAUUGUACAUAGUAUUUAUUUUUGCCAAAGAUUAGUCAUAUUUUGAACAUGUUGUAAAACACCAUAUGUAAACACAAAAAUAUAAAGCAAAAAAAAGGCGUGACACUAUAUGGGAAAAUGCAUCACUGUCGGCUUUUUCUUUCUUUUGCACGUAGCUCAUGUGUGUAAUGAAGCUGUAUACGAGUAAUUAGAGAUACGCAAUUGGUGUGGAAAAUAACUAAUUAAGAACGGUGUCAGUACCAAUGCUUCUAUAUGACAGACAGGCCAUCAGCGAGGAGACUAUCUAUUGACUUAUCGUUAAAGCUCGUCAUUGGUGCCAACAGGUCAAAUAACCAACAACCACACAAUACAAUAGAAAACAGAACACCAAAACAAGGCAACACAAAAAGCCAGUCUGUUUUAGCACAUAACUACUCUUUUAUUGGAAAUGACUGACUUUCAGAGCAGAUAUUUAUACAUGAAUCAUAUCAGUACAGAUACAUUUCACAUUUUCCUACCCAUCAACAAUCAAAGGGUUUGACUUUGAAAAUAUUGUGGACUCUGAUAAAAAAAAAUGUCUGUGGGUCUGCAGUUUAAUUACUUUACUUUAAUUACUUACUAACAGAAUUAACAUUGCCAAACAGCCCAAUGCCUGCUGUUGUGUUGAUGCUGUCCAAAUGUGGUGUUUUGGAGACAUAAGCUGAUACAAAAAAAAUGAUUUGGGGCAGAAUCUUUUAAAAAAGCAAUUUGCGUAAAUCUGAACCCCAUCUAAGCCAUUUGAAAUGUUCUCAGGUAACUGUGAAACUCUUUGUGUCUAAUUACACGUCACUAUGGGUAAUCAAUUUAGCUAAAUACAAUUAUUUUGGCUUAACUUUAAAAAAUAUCAAGCCAUAGACCUCUAUACAUGUUACCCAUCCUGAUUAACCCAGUCGUCUGUACAACUAUAGGGGGCAGCAUUCCAGCAGCUAUCAUCUGACUAAAGCCUAAAACCAGGAAUCAGGAAUUAGGAACAAGGAAUUUGAGAUGGCAGUUCGUGCUGGACAGUAAGACAACGAGAUAGUAGACAUCAAGUCAAUUAAUCAUAUAUCACAAGAGUUUUUUCAGCAAUAUGAUGAU